UUGUCGUCUCCACUCUGUUCUCUGAGUUUCUCCACUACAGCUCCGCGGGUUGGGAACACUGCAACGACGUCGUUUCGCUGGUUAGAUACGGCAUUGACGAGGCAGGUGAGCUCAGGAAAUCAAAUUCUCAUUAAUUUCGAUUUCGGAUCUGAAACCCUAGCCAGUUAAUCUCGGGAAUGGCUUCUUCGGAAGCCGAUUCCCGCUUAGGACAAGUCAUUUCUCCAGCCCUAGAGAAGAUCAUCAAGAACGGCUCCUGGCGCAAGCACUCGAAGCUCGUCAAUGAGUGUAAAUUCGUUCUCGAACGAAUCACUUCUCCUGAGAAGUCCCUCACCGCCGACGGUGACUCCGAUGAUGCCGAAGCCUCCGUUCCCGGACCGCUUCAUAGCGGCCCGUUUCAUUACUCACUCGCCGAGUCCGAAUCCAUUCUCAAUCCGCUCAUUGCCGCUGCCUCCUCUGGUGUCCUCAAGAUCGCCGAUCCGGCCCUCGACUGCUUUCAGAAGUUGAUCGUGCACGGCUACGUACGUGGCGAGGCCGACCCUUCCGGCGGCCCCGAAUCAAAUCUCCUUGCGAAAUUGAUUGAAUCAGUGUGUAAAUGUCACGAUUUGGGCGACGAUGGAGUUGAGCUUUCGGUGUUGAAGACUCUGUUAUCGGCGGUUACGUCCAUGUCGCUGAGAAUUCAUGGAGAUUGCUUGUUGCAGAUUGUGAGGACUUGUUAUGAUAUUUACUUGGGGAGCAAGAACGUUGUCAAUCAAACUACGGCCAAGGCAUCGUUGAUUCAAAUGCUGGUGAUUGUGUUCAGGAGAAUGGAGGCGGACUCGUCCACUGUUCCGAUUCAACCAAUCGUAGUGGCGGAGCUGAUGGAACCGAUAGAAAAAUCGGAUGCGGACAGCUCCAUGACUCAGUUUGUACAGGGAUUUAUCACCAAGAUUAUGCAGGACAUUGACGUGGUUUUGAAUCCAGCGACACCAGGGAAGGGGGCAAUGGGCGCCCAUGAUGGGGCGUUCGAGACUACGACAGUGGAGACGACGAAUCCCGCUGAUUUGUUGGAUUCAACAGAUAAGGAUAUGUUGGAUGCUAAGUAUUGGGAGAUCAGUAUGUAUAAGACAGCAUUGGAAGGGAGGAAAGGUGAGUUGGCAGACAUUCAGGGGGAGAGAGAUGAUGAAUUGGAAGUUCAGAUUGGAAAUAAGUUGCGGAGGGAUGCUUUUUUGGUGUUUAGGGCGCUAUGUAAGCUUUCCAUGAAGACGCCUCCCAAGGAGGCCUUGGCAGAUCCUCAAUUGAUGCGAGGGAAGAUAGUGGCUUUGGAGUUAUUAAAGAUUUUGUUGGAGAAUGCUGGUGCUAUCUUUAGGACCAGUGAAAGAUUCUUAGGUGCCAUUAAGCAGUAUUUGUGUCUAUCAUUGUUGAAGAACAGCGCUUCGACUCUUAUGAUUGUUUUCCAGCUUUCUUGCUCCAUUUUCAUUAGUCUGGUGUCAAGAUUUAGAGCUGGAUUGAAGGCAGAAAUUGGAGUAUUUUUUCCUAUGAUUGUUCUAAGAGUUCUGGAAAAUGUUGCUCAACCAAACUUUCAGCAGAAGAUGAUAGUGCUUCGGUUUCUAGAGAAACUCUGUGUUGAUUCACAGAUUUUAGUAGACAUAUUCAUCAAUUAUGAUUGUGAUGUCAAUUCAUCAAACAUAUUCGAGAGAAUGGUCAAUGGACUUCUUAAAACUGCUCAAGGUGUCCCUCCAGGCGUUGCCACUACACUGUUACCACCUCAAGAAGUGACCAUGAAACUUGAAGCUAUGAGAUGCCUAGUUGCUAUCUUGAAAUCAAUGGGAGACUGGAUGAACAAACAGUUGCGCAUUCCUGAUCCUCAUUCUACAAAGAAAAUUGAAGCAGUUGAGAACAGCCCAGAACCUGGAAGUCUUCCUGUGGCAAAUGGGAAUGGGGAUGAGCCUGCCGAAGGAUCUGAUUCUCAUUCUGAAGCUUCAGGUGAAGUUUCUGAUGUUUCAACAAUUGAGCAACGACGGGCUUACAAGCUCGAACUUCAGGAAGGUAUAGCUCUUUUCAAUCGGAAGCCUAAAAAAGGAAUUGAGUUCCUUAUUAAUGCAAAUAAGGUGGGAAACACACCAGAGGAGAUAGCAGCUUUCCUUAAAAAUGCAUCUGAUUUGAAUAAGACUUUGAUUGGUGAUUAUCUUGGGGAAAGGGAAGAGUUAUCCUUGAAAGUGAUGCAUGCAUAUGUGGAUUCCUUUGAUUUUCAAAAUAUGGAGUUUGAUGAGGCAAUCAGAACUUUUCUACAGGGCUUUAGGUUGCCUGGUGAGGCACAGAAGAUUGAUAGAAUUAUGGAAAAAUUUGCUGAACGCUAUUGCAAAUGUAAUCCAAAGGCUUUCACUAGUGCAGACACAGCCUAUGUCCUUGCUUAUUCUGUUAUUAUGCUGAAUACCGAUGCUCAUAACCCGAUGGUUAAGAAUAAGAUGUCGCCUGAUGAUUUUAUAAGAAACAAUCGUGGCAUAGAUGACGGAAAAGAUUUACCUGAGGACUAUAUGAGAUCAUUGUAUGAACGGAUAUCAAGAAAUGAGAUUAAAAUGAAAGAAGAUGACUUGGCUCCUCAACAGAAGCAGUCUAUGAAUGCAAACAGAAUUUUAGGCCUGGACAGUAUUCUAAAUAUUGUGAUCCGUAAGCGAGGGGAAGACAAUCAUAUGGAGACCAGCGAUGAUCUUAUUAGGCACAUGCAAGAACAGUUCAAAGAGAAAGCUCGCAAAUCUGAGUCAGUUUAUUAUGCUGCAACAGAUGUAGUGAUCCUUAGAUUCAUGAUUGAAGUAUGCUGGGCUCCCAUGUUGGCUGCCUUCAGUGUUCCGCUUGACCAAAGUGAUGACGAAAUAGUGAUAGCCCAAUGUCUUGAAGGCAUUCGUUGUGCAAUCCAUGUUACUGCAGUAAUGUCCAUGAAGACUCAUAGAGAUGCUUUUGUGACUUCACUAGCAAAGUUUACCUCCCUCCACUCACCUGCUGAUAUCAAACAAAAAAACAUAGAUGCCAUCAAGGCAAUAGUUACUAUUGCAGAUGAAGAUGGGAACUACUUACAGGAGGCCUGGGAACAUAUUUUGACAUGUGUGUCUCGGUUUGAGCAUUUGCAUCUCUUGGGAGAGGGUGCUCCCCCAGAUGCUACUUUCUUUGCAAUCCCUCAGAAUGAUUUAGAGAAAUCAAAACAGGCCAAGUCAACCAUCCUUCCAGUUCUAAAAAAGAAGGGACCUGGAAAGAUUCAAUAUGCUGCCGCAGCUGUGAGAAGGGGUUCAUAUGAUAGUGCUGGUAUUGGUGGCAAUGCUUCUGGGGUGGUUACAUCUGAACAGAUGAAUAAUUUGGUCUCCAACUUAAAUAUGUUGGAACAAGUUGGAAGCUCUGAAAUGAAUCGGAUAUUCACACGAAGUCAAAAAUUAAAUAGUGAGGCAAUAAUUGACUUUGUUAAGGCUCUCUGCAAGGUCUCUAUAGAAGAAUUGCGAUCUGCAUCUGAUCCAAGAGUUUUUAGCCUUACAAAGAUUGUUGAGAUUGCGCACUAUAACAUGAACCGUAUCAGGCUUGUGUGGUCAAGCAUCUGGCAUGUACUCUCAGAUUUCUUUGUAACCAUUGGCUGUUCAGAGAACCUUUCAAUUGCCAUUUUUGCAAUGGACUCUUUACGCCAGUUAUCAAUGAAAUUCCUAGAGAGGGAAGAGUUGGCAAAUUAUAAUUUUCAGAAUGAGUUUAUGAAGCCUUUUGUCAUUGUUAUGCGUAAGAGUAGUGCUGUUGAAAUCCGAGAAUUAAUCAUCAGAUGUGUCUCUCAAAUGGUUUUAUCCCGUGUCAAUAACGUUAAAUCAGGAUGGAAGAGCAUGUUCAUGGUCUUCACAACAGCAGCUUAUGAUGAUCAUAAAAACAUAGUACUCCUGGCCUUUGAAAUAAUUGAGAAGAUUGUGCGAGACUACUUCCCCUACAUUACUGAAACUGAGACCACGACAUUCACUGAUUGUGUAAAUUGCCUAAUUGCAUUCACUAAUAGUAGAUUCAACAAAGAGAUUAGUCUGAAUGCUAUUGCUUUUCUUCGGUUCUGUGCGGCAAAACUUGCAGAAGGUGAUCUUGGCUCCUCAUCAAGGAACAGAGACAAGGAAGCUCCUGGGAAAAUUACUCCAUCUUCACCUCAAGCAGGAAAAGAUCGGAAACAUGACAAUGGAGAGUUGACAGACAGGGAUGAUCAUCUCUAUUUUUGGUUCCCCCUGUUGGCUGGGCUGUCAGAACUGAGCUUUGACCCAAGGCCUGAAAUCAGAAAGAGUGCCCUACAAGUGCUGUUUGACACUUUACGCAACCAUGGUCAUCAUUUCUCUCUUCCUCUGUGGGAAAGAGUGUUUGAAUCAGUCCUUUUUCCAAUAUUUGACUAUGUUCGGCAUGCUAUUGAUCCUUCUGGGGGGAACAUGUCUGGGCAGCUUGAUGGUGACAGUGGUGAGCUUGAUCAAGAUGCAUGGCUUUAUGAGACAUGCACAUUGGCCCUCCAAUUAGUUGUAGAUCUUUUUGUUAAAUUUUAUGAUACUGUCAAUCCACUUUUGAGGAAAGUGAUGAUGCUGUUGGUUAGUUUCAUCAAGCGUCCUCACCAAAGCCUUGCUGGUAUUGGAAUUGCUGCAUUUGUCCGUUUGAUGAGUAGUGCUGGGGAUCUCUUUUCUGAUGAAAAAUGGCUAGAAGUGGUUUUGUCAUUAAAAGAAGCAGCCAAUGCAACACUUCCGGAUUUCUCCUAUAUUGUUAAUGGAGACGGCAUGGUCCAGAAUCUUGAAGAAUCUUCAAGUAGGCAAAGUAAUGGGGAGUCUGCUGGGUCUGGUACUACUGAUGAUGAUUCAGAGGGUCUGAAGUCACACCGUCUUUAUGCUGCUGUUUCUGAUGCCAAGUGCCGAGCUGCUGUUCAGCUUUUACUGAUUCAGGCGGUUAUGGAGAUCUACAACAUGUAUAGGCCUCGACUUUCAGCAAAAAAUAUCAUAGUCCUCUUCAAUGCGAUGCAUGAUGUGGCAUCCCAUGCUCACAAGAUAAACAGCAAUACCAUACUAAGAUCAAAGCUACAGGAGCUAGGGUCCAUGACACAGAUGCAAGAUCCCCCAUUAUUACGCCUUGAGAAUGAGUCCUACCAGAUUUGCCUCACACUCUUACAGAAUCUUAUACUGGACAGACCUCCGAGUUAUGAAGAGGCUGAAGUGGAGUCCUACCUGGUUGACCUUUGCCAUGAGGUCCUACAAUUCUAUGUUGAAACUGCACGCUCAGGACAGAUACCCGAAUCAUCUCUAGGUGUGCAGCCCAGAUGGCUGAUCCCUUUGGGUUCUGGGAAACGAAGGGAAUUGGCUACCCGUGCACCUCUUGUUGUGGUAACUCUCCAGGCUGUUUGUGGUUUGGGAGACACAUCAUUUGAGAGGAACUUGGCUCAGUUCUUCCCACUACUUUCCAGUUUAAUAGGCUGUGAACAUGGGUCAAAUGAGGUUCAGGUAGCCCUUAGUGAAAUGCUGCGCUCGUCAGUGGGUCCUGUUUUGCUAAGGUCAUGUUGAUAUUGGUUAGCAAGACCUGGCCCCCAUUUUGAUAUGUAUGAUAUUUCUAUCCAAGUCUUGCAGUUUCUAUUUUCUUCUCUCUCCUGCCUUAUAAUAAUAUUGUUAUUGGAAAUUUAGUUUGAUAGCGUAUGAAGAGUUACCAUUGGUUUUGAUUUGCCUAGUGCUUCUGAACCUUAUGUAGUUUAUUCCGGGGGCAUAGCUCAUUCAGAAUCCCAAGAUUUUAUCAGGCGUUUUGAUGUUGUA